AAACACAAACACUGGUUUUUUUUACCAUCCUGGUACUCUUCAAUGAUGGCAACAACAGUUGAAUGGUCGGCCGUGCCUCUCGCCUACAAAUCUGCGUUAAGGAACCCAUCUGCUUAGUCUGUUCCGGAGUCCAUAGUAUUGUUGGUACUAGACGCCGACACGACGAGGAUUUGCGACAACACGUUUACGAUGACUUAAGCGAUGAUUCACAGAACCCGAUUUUACAUUGGGGUCAACAGAUGGCAAAACCGGAUAAGAACAUUUGCGAUAGCUUCUUGCCAUACCAUGCUGGAGGCUUCAGUCAUUCUGACUGCCGUUAAUACCCCGACAAUUGAUUGUCUGCACGUCUGCGCUGUCCCUCCCUUAGGAGUUGGGGAAGAAUGAUGAGGCAUAUGGAAUACAAGACGGAACGCGCUUGAAAAGGAAUCUGCAAAACUCAGUCAGCAAGGUGAUCACCCACCCAAUGAGUUAUUUUGCUUCGCACAGCCUCGUGCUUCCUUUACUAGUGGCGUAUCACGCACGCAUCUUGGAUUCAUUUCACUAUUUGCGC